AUGCCUGCGACCUGGAUCCUGGAGCCCCCGGGCCGCAGCGGCUGGGACGAGCCCGUGCGCGUGGCCGUGCGCGGCCUGGCCCCGCGACAGCCCGUCACGCUGCGCGCGUCCCUGCGCGACGAGAGGGGCGCGCUCUUCCGGGCCCACGCGCGGUACGAAGCCGACGCCGGCGGCCUCCUGGACCUGACGCGCGCGCCCGCGCUGGGCGGCAGCUUCGUGGGGCUCGAGCCCAUGGGGCUGUUCUGGGCCCUGGAGGCCGAGAAGCCCCUGGUGCGGCUCGUGAAGCGGGACGUGCAGACGCCCUUCGCCGUGGAGCUGGAGGUGCUCGACGGCCACGAGCCCGACGCGGGUCGUGUCCUGGGCCGGGCGGUGCACGAGCGCGAGUUCCUGCGGCCGGGCGUGCGGCGGGAGCCGGUGCGCGCGGGCCGGGUGCGCGCCACGCUCUUCCUGCCCCCAGGUGCAGGACCCUUCCCUGGGAUCAUCGAUCUGUUUGGAACUGGUGGUGGCCUUUGUGAAUAUAGGGCCAGCCUCCUGGCUGGACAUGGUUUUGCUGUGCUUGCUUUGGCUUACUUCAGAUUUGAUGACCUCCCUGAGAAUUUGGAAGAUAUGCACCUGGAGUACUUUGAAGAAGCUGUGAACUUCAUGCUGCAGCAUCCACAGGUGAAAGGCCCGAAUGUUGGGCUUCUUGGCUUCUCCAAAGGAGGUGACCUGUGUCUCUCAAUGGCCUCUUUCUUGAAGGGCAUCACAGCCACAGUCCUUAUUAAUACCUGUGUGGCCAACACAAUAGCUUCUCUGCAUUACAAGGAUAUGAUUAUUCCCAGUCUUGGCAGUGACCCAGGGAGAUGUACAAUUAAUGAGCUGGGACAUUUGCAUUUUAUGGAUGUUUGGGACAACCCACUGGAGGAACCCAAUCACCCAAGUAUUAUUCCAGUGGAAAGGGCCCAGGGGCCCUUCCUGUUCAUUGUUGGCAUGGAUGAUCAAAACUGGAAGAGUCCCAUCUAUGCUCAGAUAGCUUCUGAACGGUUACAAGCCCAUGGGAAAGACAGACCCCAGAUAAUCUGCUACCCAGGAACUGGUCAUUGUAUUGAUCCCCCUUACUUUCCUCCUUGCAGAGUUUCUGUACAUAGAGUGUUAGGCAAAGCAAUAGUCCAUGGAGGUGAGCCAAAGGCUCAGUCAAGGGCACAGGUAGAUGCCUGGCAGCAAAUUCAAACUUUUUUCCGUAAACAUCUCAGUGGUGAAGAAUCUGCCCAGACCAGCAAAAUAUAACAUUGUAGUAAUCGUAGACCAGAUACUAUGAAUAAAUAUCUAAUUCAUAGGGGCACCUGGGUGGCUCAGUCAUUAAGCGUCUGCCUUUGGCUCUGGUCAUGAUC